UUCACACGGCACAAUAAAUUCCCAGGGCAUCACUUAGAAAUCAAUUCACAAAAGUUUCGCUGAGCUGAAGCAAACUCCAUUCCAAUAGCUGACCAAAAGCUAAGCAGGGACGUUUCUUCAAACCCAAUCAUGAGCGCUAAGAACACGAGCAAGGACAGUUCUUGUUCUUUGCCUCGCCUUCUUCUAGUACUCGCAACCCUGCUGCUAUCUUUUACUUCUGCUACUUCCAUUAAUGUCCAACAAAAGAGGGACAAGAUCGUUAAGUUGCCAGGCCAGCCGGCGAACGUGACCUUCUCUCAGUACUCUGGCUAUGUCACGGUGGACCCGAGUGCUGGGAGGGCUCUGUUUUACUGGUUGAUCGAGGUGCCGCGCCAUCUUGGCCCAGCGUCGAAGCCACUGGUCCUAUGGCUCAAUGGCGGGCCUGGCUGCUCCUCGGUGGCAUAUGGCGCGUCGGAGGAGGUGGGGCCGUUUCGGGUGAGCCCGGAUGGCAAGACUCUGUCCCUCAACCACUAUGCUUGGAACAGAGUGGCAAACUUGCUCUUCCUGGACUCUCCUGCUGGUGUGGGGUUUUCUUACUCCAACACAUCCUCUGAUGUAUACACCCCUGGUGACAAGAGAACAGCUCAAGAUGCCUUCACAUUCCUAAUGAAUUGGCUCGAGAGGUUCCCUCAAUACAAGCAUAGGCCUUUCUACAUUGCCGGGGAAAGCUAUGCAGGUCAUUACAUCCCUGAGCUGUCUUUGGUCAUUGCACAGCACAACAACGGGACAAGGAACCCGGUUCUUAACUUUAAAGGCUUCAUGGUGGGAAAUCCUCUUUUGGAUGAUUUUUACGAUAGCGUCGGCACGUUCGAGUUUUGGUGGAACCAUGGGUUGAUAUCGGACUCCACGUAUGCAGCCCUGAAUGAAUCUUGCCCAUACGAUUCGUUCCUCUUUCCUCGCAACAAGUGUAACGCGGCUCAACUCCGCGCUUCUACCGAGUUCGGGAAUAUCGACCCUUACAGCAUCUAUAACAGCCCUUGCCCAGCAGCGGGCACGCUCAAGCAGAGUCUGGACCAGUCCUUGCCAUGGAGGUUCAGAGGGAACGACGAGUGCAUAGUGCUAUACACGAAGAAGUACAUGAACCGACGAAGCGUUCAAAGGGCUCUCCACGCCAACGUCACUCGCAUCCCCCAUCCUUGGGCCGCUUGCAGCUCGGUGGUAAGGGCAAACUGGACAGAUUCCCCGAAAUCGAUGCUUCCCACCUUCAAACAGCUCAUAGCCGCGGGUCUUCGCAUCUGGGUCUACAGUGGCGACACCGACGCCGUGCUGCCGCUAUCCGCGACCCGGUACUCCAUCAAAGCUCUCGGGCUCAAGGCCACCGCCAGCUGGUACGCUUGGUACGAUGAUCGCCAGCAGGUUGGUGGGUGGAGCCAGAAAUACCAGGGCCUGACUUACGCGACGGUGAGAGGCGCGGGACACGAGGUCCCAUUGGGCCAGCCCAGGCUCGCCAUCUUCUUGUUCCGCCAUUUCUUGAACAACCAGUCCUUGCCCGGCCUCUCUUUCUAGUCCCCCCUCUCCCAUUUGUACAUUCCCUUCAUUUUUAUAUCUUCCUUCUUGAUUAGCCA